CGCGUCCCAUCCACCCGGGGUGCUGGUGAUGUUUUUUGCUUGACUGGCCUUUGGCUGGAAUUGAACUCCACCACCAACUUGAGGUUUGCUCAGUUUAUAUCAUUAGGCCACCCAGCCAUCUGGGUAUUAUUUAAAGUAUUUUAUUACUUCAUAAGUGUAUUAUGAUUAAAUAAAAAUUAAAAGCUUUCAAAUACCUGUCAACACAUUAGCAAAGUCUUUAAUUUUCUUGUGAUUUUUCAGCUGCUUGACAAUGGUUAGAAUUUCAUCAUAUCUAUUGAGAAAACAUUUCAAGGCUUAAAUUUUUUUCAAAACAUGUCAUAUCAGGUUAAAACAAAAUUUAUAUAAUUUAUGAAUUCCAACACUGUAUUUCACAACUCCACCUAACUUACGCAACAAAAUAUGCAUUUUUUUGUUAUGUUGCUGUCUUUCUGAUGAAAUAAACGUAUUCUAUAAAGACUUCAGUCCAUAGAUUUCACCAUGCCAGAUCAUUUGUUGUUUUUAUGCUUCGUUAAGUGUAUAGUAAUACAGGAAUCUGCUAUUACCAGUUUCUAAAUUUAUAGUCUGUGUAUUUAUUUUAAUUUAUACAUUAACAAAAUAUUUUCAGGCUCAAUUUUUAUUUAUAACUUUUUAGAGCCUUCAUUUGAAUGCUAUUUAACAUCUUCACCAUAAAACAUCCCUUAACUGUCAAAUGUCUCAACAUUAUAUUGAUUUGUAAAAUGCCAACAACAUAAUGUAUUUAUAUUAAAUUACCUCUUGUCCUUUUCACUACGUACAACACGUCUUGUUUCUUCUUCAUCAUCACUGAACUGCAUAGUCCUAAAUAUAAAAAAAAAACAAUCAGCAUUCAUAUAUGCAUUAUAACAAUUCACUGAAAACUUUAAGUUAACUUUGCAAAAGACUCUAGAGAUAGACUGAUAUAUCACUGGCAUAUUUAUUGGUCAACAUAUACAUUUGAUAUUAAAAAUCAUUAUAUGUCAAGAUAAGACAAUUUUGUUUUUAUUUUAAUACCUUGCUGGCGCCGUAGGGCGCACAUCCUGUACUCCAUCAUCACUUGACUCUGAUUCACUCUCACUGUCUGAGCCAGCUCUAAAAAAACGUGACAUGACUACCUGGAAUUAAGAAGAUAAUAUUUAACCUAAAGCCCCUAAAAUGACAGAUACACAUCAACUUUAUCACUACUCAACAUUUAAGGACAUAAUUUUAAAUCAGCCAUUAGACAGUUAUUGGGGCUUUGAAUAUAGGAUGGUUUUAUCAAAUUUGUUCCAAAGCAGACUUAGGUGAUAUACUUGAAAGUCUCUAUGGUUAUAACACUCCGCCCCCAAAGGUGAGGGAAGGGGUCGCAUCACUCCAGAAAUUGGAGUUGAAAAUGUCCCGCACAUGAAACAAAGACCACUAAAACAACUUAUUUGCCUGCUAUCAGAUGACUCACAACUGUCAAAAACAAAAACAAUGUAUUCCACCUGUGUGGGAAGGGGGCAGCGAUGGGGAAGGUCCACCCCGGAUGGCACUUUAUCCCCUUACUCCUCAUAAAUCAUUUUGUUUCAUAUUUUGGUAUUGAAAGUUGUAGGAAAAUUAUGGUAAAAUGUCACAAGUUAUCAAAUAUUUCCUAAGCUAUUGUGCAGACACCCAUUUCCAAUACAAAAUUAAGUAGUAGUCUCCAACUUUGGUAACAGAAGUUUUAGCAUCUGGGUGUUCCGAUUUUCAACUUAUCAAAAGAUGGCACUUUUAAAUUUUAUUGUGCAUCUUAUUUUUUCCCUGACCACUGGUGUUGGGUCUUGAGGUAUCAGCAAGGAUGUGUUUCUUUUUUCGUUUCUUUUAUUAUUUAAAACUUUAAGUAAGUCUAAGUUGAAUUUUAAUAAAACAUUGGACAAUUUCAUUUUAAUAUACUUCACAUUAACCGAAUCCAUAAUCAGGUUUCGUUCAGCAUAUGAGUAACGAAUGCUAAGUGAAGAACAGGAAUUUUAUCACACCCAUCGUUCAGGUCCAACAAUAAAUAAUAAGUCUAUUCAUAGGCACUUUGGUAAAGCAAGGGACACUCCUAGAAAAUUUGUAUCAGAAAUGGACGUCAGCGCAAUGGAAUCCAAGUUUUAAUUUUUUUUAAGUGAGUGCAAUUUUAAUAAUACAGUAGUCCUUUUGGCCCAUAAUUAAGGUCGACUCCGCCCAUUCACGUUAGGAGAAAAGUUGACCUACAUUCUCAUUGUUUUUUGUUCUUUAUAUCAACUUUCAGUGAGGAAAAAUGUAUGUUAAUAUAAGGCAUCUUUGCAUUAAAAAAUUUGAACAAAUAUUCAAAGUAGGUCUUUCAUAUUAAAAGUAGGCCUGCAUAAUUUAUUGAGUUAUGUGUGCUAGGGGUGUGCCGGACCCCGGUCCGGAAUCCGGUUCCGCCGGAUUUUGCACUAUCCGGUGAAAUCCGGUUCCGCCGGAUUUACAUGUAUCCGGAACAACCGGAUUCCGGAAUUCGGAAUAUACCGGAUUUCGGAAUUUGCCAGAUUUUGUGACUCACCGGAUCAUAAUCUGAAAUAAAAGUAAUUCUCUUUCCCGAAUUCCACACGAUCACGAUACAUUAAUCGAUUGUUUCGAGCGUUGAGCUUGUUUAAUGUUUAAUAUUCCGUACAUACCAGAGGCUAGAGUCAGCACCGCUAAUAGUGGCCAAUAGUGUAGGGACUUUGAUAAGAAAAUUUAAACUUUUUGUAAAAAUAAACCAAUGGCAUAGUUGAAAAGAUGUAAUUUUUUAAAGAAUUAUAACACCAAAAUCAUAUUUUUAGCUGUUGUAGUUUUAAAGUUAUGAAUUUUUAAAGUACGACUUGGUUUGUCAUUUUUUAACAUGGACUGCAUCUCCACAUUCUGUGAUCUCAUUCCACCAAUCCCGUCAUGCGCAAUGACUAUAUAGUUUAUAUAAGGCAACGCAUUCCCUGCCUUAUCACUAAAAUACUGUUUAGACUUAGUUUAAACUUUCAACUUUGGCACAUGAAUAAUUAAUUAAAGCUUUCCCUGACCAAUGGUUUAAUAGUUUUUGCACACGGCAAACUCUUAUGAAUGAAACUCUGAGGUAGUACUACGAUACAGUUAUGCAAGUGGCUGUGAAUGGUUGCCAAUGACAACGUGUUGCACACGGUAAAUUCUGAUCAUUUAUAAUAUGGAUUCUACCGGGUUGUUAAAGCUCAAAUUAAAACAUUCCAGUUUAAAUGUCUUUAAAUGCAUUCUGAAACACAAGUUAUCAAUUAUUUUGAUGUAAAUAGUGAUAAUAAAUUAAUAUUUCCUAAGUAUCGUCAACUUCCGCCAUUAAAAAGGGGGGCGUGGCCAACCCCAUGGCGAAAUUAGGUUGAGCGAGCUGCAUAACCUGCUGCGAACGCGUAGAAACAUGGCGUCUCUCGUAAGACACUUAUCCAAAUGGAACGGAACUCAAAUAUAUAUCGAAAGUACUAAUUUAAUAAUAAAUAGACACACACAUCGGAAAAUUAAAAACUCGGAUUUUUUGGCGCCGAUUGCGAAUUCCCAUACACAAAAAGUAGUAGUCCACCUUGACUUACCGAAGUAUCUACCAAUAGUACCAAAAUCCGGAAUCCGGGAGAAACCGGAAUCCGGAUCCGGCGGAUUUCGCAUAAGAAAAUCCGGAUCCGGAUCCGGUUGGAAAAAACGGAUCCGGCACACCCCUAAUGUGUGCAAAAUUUCAUUGCACUAGCUCCUAAACAUUUUCGCAAAUCUCCUCUACGUAGACCUCAUUAUGCAAAGGUCGCACAGGCCAUUUUAAAUUAGUGACCACGCCUCCUUUUAAAUGGCAUAAGUGAAGUCGGAAGACACUGAUACUUAGGAAAUAUUCAAUUAUUACCACUAUAUAUAUCAAACUAUUUGAUAACUUGUGUUUCAAAAUGCAUUUUGAAGACAUUUCAAAUGGAAUAUAUUAAUUUGAGCUUUAAAAACCUGAUAGUCCAUAGUAUAAAUGAUCAGAAUUUUCAGAGUGCAAAACGUUGUCAUGGGCAACCAUUAGCAGCCACUUGCAUAAUGGCUAUAUACCGUAAGCACUAUCUCAGAGUUUCAUUCAAUACGAGUUGUGCAAAAAUUAUUAAACCAUUGGUCAGGGAAAGCUUUAAUUAAUAAGGCAUGUGCCAUAGUUGAAAGUUCAAAAUUAAGUAGCCCCCCCCCCCCAAAAAAGAAACCACAGUAUUAUAGUAAUAAAGGGAUAUGUUGCCUUAUAUAGACUAUAAAGCAUAUACCGGUAUAAUAAAAAUUAAUAAACCAAUGGUCAGGGAAAGGUUUAAUUAAAAAGGCAUGUGCCAUAGUUGAAAGUUCAAAAUUAAGUAGCCCCCCCCCCCCCAAAAAAGAAACCACAGUAUUAUAGUAAUAAAGGGAUAUGUUGCCUUAUAUAGACUAUAAAGCAUAUACCGGUAUAAUGGACGCAGUAGAUUUGGUAACCAGAAAAGCCAUAUAUUAAUACAUUAUUUUAAAUUUACUGAUAUACAUAGUACAUAGUUAGAUAAGCUACAAUUGUAUAACAUUAUUAAAAUUAUUUUUAAUGCAGCAUUAGUUCUGAAAAUAAAAGUCAUAUAAAAUUAUCAAUAAAUCGAGAGUUGUAUAGCUCGUGACGCGAACAGUGGAAUCGGGUCACAGAAUGUGGAGAUCUGGUCUAUGUUAAAAAAGGACAAACUAUGUCGUACUUUAAAAAUUCAUAACUUUAAAUAACUACAACUAACAACAGCUAAAAUAUGAUUUUGUUGGCGUUAUAAUUCUGUUGGUUUGUUUCAAAAGUACUUACUACUCAAUAGUAUUCACUCUAAGUCUCAAAUCAGUGUUGGGAUUCCCCAAAAAGUAACAUCACUAUCACUGCAUUUAGGGUGCAACAACUCUUGGCAAAAACCCAUACUCUUAACUAGUGUUAACUCAAAAUUUACCAUGUAGCUAUUCAUUAUUUUUUUUGGCUGUCUCUAAACUGAAUAAUUCAUUGUUAAUGAUUGUUCAAUUGUUGUGAAUUGACUUGAAUUGUUGGUUUGUUUAAUUGAAGAUCGAUCUGCUAAAUUAGAGGUUUUGGCUAAAAUUAAGGACGGAUGCCUCGGCGUCUUUUGUCUUUGUGUGUUUAUUAUAGUUGCAGUGGAUUAGGGUUUAGGUUAGGCUAGGUUGAGGGAUCGAUUUAGGGUUCAGGUUAGGAAUAGGGAUCGAUUUAGGGUUCGGGUCAGGCAUAGGGAUCGAUUUAAAUUUAGGGAUACAUUCUCAUUCGUGAAAUUCAAUAAAAUAGUGGCAUUCGUCCUUAAAAUUUACAGAGGUUUUUAAGUAAAAUGUAUUGUAUUUACCAAAUUAAUUUCUUGCGCUAAAAAAUAAGGGAUUACCUAUUAUAACAUAUGACAGUCUUGACUGUUUACGAUUAGGCCCUAAAAAUAGGCUAACUUAUUGUUCAAUAUUGGUAGAUUAUCGAUAAUAGGAAUCUUUGAUCCGGAAACAUUUUUACAAACAAUCUUUUCAUAUUCAGCAAGAUGAAUGUAGGCUUCACUUACAGAGAUACGAAAGUUAACCAGUUUAAUUUUUUGAAAAGCAAUCUUAGUUCUUACCUCUUGGGAAAUGAGUACACGGAUUCAGAAAUAUGUGUAUUUAUUUAUUUUAUAAAAAUCAAGACGGUCCACAAGUACAUUUCCUCCCGGCAUGGGACGUGAACGAACUACGUCAAUAAAUGUAUAUCUAUUUAACGAAAUGAAAAAAAAAUUAUGUUGUUGUUGCCAUCUAGGACCGUUGUCGUUGAUUUUUUAAAAAUAUUUAAGAAACUAAACCUGGAGAAAGAUAUGAAUUCACAAAUGAAUGAUUAGAUUUAAAACAUUUUUAUCUUAAAAUGCACUAUUAAUUAUUAUGUUCAGUGACACACCGUUCUCCAUUAAUUUCAAAUUGAAAUAAUUUUUUUAAAGUCUUUUUCGUUGAAGAGCAUCGUCCAUGAACAUCAUUUUACUUCGAAAAUCAAUCAUCCAGAAUGAUUCAGUUUUAUGGUGGUGUCUCUUUUUUCUUCCUUAAUACUAAUUAGAGUAUAAUUUAUUUAUUUUUUCUUUUACUAUAAUAUUAUUUUUGAAAAUCAACUGAUAUGUCCUCUAACAUAUAUUUUUGUAAACUUUGAUAUGCUAAGUAAAUAAUAGAAGUAGUUUAGACUUAUAAGCCUAGAUAUUAACAUUUAAAUUUUAUUUAGGAAUAUUAACAUAACUUUUUUUUUAAAUGCACAUAAAAUCAACAUUUAAAAAAUACUGUUGCUUUUAGUUUGUUCGGUUUUUAAACUUAUUUCCAAAUCUUUUAGUUUUCCUGCACGGCUGUCGGUUAAUAGACUGAACUAUUGUUGAACACGUUCUUUUUUGUUUACAAAAUGGGGAAGAAGUCAAAAGUAGGAAAGGCAAGAAAAGAUAAGUUUUACCAUCUCGCCAAAGAAACAGGUAAACAUGAAUAAUUAGUCUAUUUGGAAUAUAUGCGUUAAUUUAUGCCAUAGAAUAAUCACCCGUUUCAUAAUUUUACCUUUACAAAAAGUUAAUCAGUCAGGACCUCACUGAGAACUGAGGUAGUCACUCAAGAGUCAGUGAUACUGUGUGAAAAAGUGUGUGACUGACUCAGUUAGGUAGGACACUUCUAGUACCUAGUAAUUAAUAGUAGUAUAGACAGUGCUUCUCACAGAGUCACGAAUGAGUCAGUCUCAGACUACAUUCACCACACAGACUCAGACCAGGAGCUGGUAAAGUCACUUAGACUUAGUAGCCUUAGUUAGUAAGUUGGUCAUUUGAGUGGGGGGGUGGGGGAUUAACAGUUGGGCUGCAACUUUUUUUAAUAGAAGGGGGCACCACUAUCUCUAUCUAUGACUAUGCCACUAUAUUAGUCAAUUAUUAUUGUAAUGUAUAACACUAACACUGUUAUCAGUGAUCAGCACUAUCUCUAAUCUCUAUCUAUGACUAUUUUAUAACAGAAUUAAUGAUGGAAUUUACUUAGAAAUUAAAAGCUAACUACAUUAUAUGUAGUUAUGGAGAAAAAAAUUCUUAAUAAAUACAUAUAACUUUCUGAAAAUAAUUAAUCGAACAACUAACUCUUUUUUUAUUCACAUAGGUUACAGGUCCAGGGCAGCUUUUAAGCUCAUACAACUAAAUAGAAAAUAUGAGUUUCUGCAACGUUCAAAUAUCAUUAUUGACUUGUGUGCAGCACCAGGUGGAUGGCUUCAAGUUGCUUCAGAAAAUGCCCCUAUGUCAAAUAUUAUAAUUGGUAAGAUUGUGGAUUUUCAUUCACUGUUUAUAAAACUGUGAAUGGCUUUUUUCCUUUUAUUAAAUUUAAGUUAGUUAAAAUGUGUUUCAAACAAAUUGUAUUCUGAUCUAUAUAUAAAGCUAUAUCUUUUUCUCCCACUAUUAUUAUGUUUUAGUAUUUAAAAAUAUAUUGCAUUGCUGCUGUUACUCCAAUAAGUGAAAUUUAAAAUAAAUAAUUCAUUCUUAGUCAAACUUGAACUAAAAUAACCAAUGCUAGAUCUUGCAAAAUCUCUUAGCCUUAUCUCUCUCAUAUCUCUUUUAAUUAAAAAUUUAUUUUUCUCAACAUAAAAACCUAUGGCAUUUAAAAUUAUUGUCUUAUCAUAAUUUGUUAAAUAAUUUCUUUUUUUUAAAAUCAGGUGUUGAUUUAGUUUCCAUACCUCCAAUUAAAAAUGUGAAGACUUUUCAAGAAGACAUAACAACAGAAAAAUGUAGACAGGUAUUGGUAUUAAGUUUAACUUACAUUUAAUUUAAAAAGACUUGCUUGUGCUAAUUAAAGUUGAUUUAUUUAUUUUAUCAAUAAUGCAUGAAAAAGCAGUUUCUAUAUUAAAAAUGGUGUGCCUAAAUAUUGGUUACUUUUGUUAAGCAUCAGAUCCUCCAGAUCUUCCAUUUAUCUGGGCUUAACUUAAAGUUAAAGGGAGAUACAUUUGGUCUUUUGAUCUCAAGAGCUCUUUGAAUUAUGAAGCAUUAGCUCUUCCUUUAAGAAAUAAUUCCAGAAAUUGACUUGAAAUAAUUAAAGAAUGUCAAAGCAUUUGGUUUGGCCAAACAUUGCCUAAUGAACACCUUAAAUUAAAAAAUGGUAUAAAUUUAAAUGUAUGUUAACAGUUACUGAGAAAAGAAUUAAAGACGGCUAAAGCAGACUGUGUGCUUAAUGAUGGAGCUCCUAAUUUGGGUACAAACUGGGUUCACGAUGCAUUUCAGCAAGGUAAUUUUCUUUUCACAUAUCAAAAAAAAUUUUUUACCUAAAUAAUUGUUUUCAUUUUCUGUAACUUGAAAAUUGGCAUUCUUCCUCUAGUAAUGUCAACUCAACUACUGCAGUAUUGUUAUAGAGCUAAAUGAAUUCACUACAUAAUAGAAGAAUCCAAUGCUUCAUUUCUUAGCUAAAACCUAUCAAUAUAAGUAAAUAAUUAUGUGUCCAAUUAUAUUAUCCAAUUUAAAUAUAUUACUAGGUUCAACAUCAAUCGCAUACAGCAUUUAAUUUAUAACUUGUUGCUGUUUUGAAUUAUCCCUGUAAUUCAAAUAUUUCGCAAAUAUCUGGGUCAACUGUAAUGCUGAAACUAUAUUUUAUUUCAGCUGAGUUAACACUUCAUGCUAUGAGGCUAGCAACAGAGUUUCUGCGUAAAGGUGGAUGGUUUGUGACUAAGCUGUUUCGCUCUAAAGACUAUGAUGCUAUCAUGUGGGUCUUCCAGCAAUUGUUCAAACAGGUGCAUGCCACUAAACCACAAGCCUCAAGAAAUGAAUCUGCUGAGAUUUUUAUUGUUUGCCAAGGUUAUGUUGCACCAGAUAAAAUUGAUCCAAAAUUUCUUGACCCAAAAUAUGUUUUUCAAGAUGUUGACCAAACUCCUCGUCCAAGUAUUGACCUUAUUCAUCCAGAGAAAAAACGAAGGUUGGUUGCAGCUAUCUUGUAAUGCGAUAAAUAAUUUAAUUAGCAGACUGGGAUAAGUCUAUACAGAUUUACCAUUGGAUUUCUUUGUAUGCUGUAACAAGAUUUUUUUUCUUCUUUUGAUAGACAGAGAGAAGGUUACCCAGAAGGAGAUUAUACAUUGUUCCAUUCUCUGCCAGUUACUGAGUUCUUUGCCAGUGAUGAAUUUAUGGAUUUAUUGGCGCAAUCAUCAGAGGUAAGAAUUUAACACCACUUAAAGAACCGUUUAAGUUGAUAGUUAAUAACAAUUAAAAGUUGCUGUGCGUUUGGAUUUAUUUUUGUAAAGAAAAAAUAUAAAUAUUUUGUUUUAUGAAAUUAGAUCCAGGAUUUAUGUUUAGUCUUUUCUGAAAAUUAAUGACAUUAUUGUUUUAUCUCUUGAUUUGUUGUUCCUUCUUCUAUAUCUUAAGGGUCCACGAUCAAUAUAUUGAUAAUUCUGGCUCCUAUGUACUUAUAUUUCUGUGCCUGGUAUUAAGAGGAUAUUUCACUAGUUGCAAGGGCUACUCAGCGAGGUUAUCAGGAACUGGGAGUUGAAAGGCCUGAGACAGUAGAUGCAAAUGUGUCAAGUGUUUUCGCCUCAACUGUUCCCUUUGGAAGCUUGUUCCCUGAUUGUCUUUGGCAGAAAUGAGCAGUUCCAGUACCAUGUUCUUGCUGGAAUGAGCCGUGUUCCUGUAGCGAUUCAGGACAAAUCGUGCUGCCCGUCGAUGGACCACCUCCAUGCUCCAUGGGUGAAUGGGUCCCAGACUGAAGAUGCAUCGAUUCUAAAAGGGGCCGGACAAAGGCUUUAUAGGCUUUUUCUUUCACUCACUCUGAAGUUGCCAAUCUUUAGAUUUUGCCUUAAGAACCAUAGGGAUUUGUUUGCCUGGUUGAACACAUUUUUAAUAUGCUUUUCCCACCGGACCUCUCUUUGAAAGUGACACUGAGGUACAUUAUGGAGGAAACUGGCUCCUCAAGCAUAUGGCUAUGCAGUUUGUAAGGGUGAUGUAGAGGGGUACUACUUAUGGGGACUGACAGUUUCUGGCACUUGGCAGGAUGAAAUUCCAUGUCCCAGCUCAUCUCCCACUCAGUUAACCAUUGGUUAUCCUGUUGUAGCUGGUCCUGGUCAGAAUUGUUGGCGAUCGUCCAAUACACCGCCAUGUGAUCUGCGAACAAUCUUGCUGGGGAUGUCAGUUUCUCGGGUCGGGCCUUGAUAUAUGCUAGGAACAAACAGGGGCAUAGCAACACCGAAAAAUAAAAUAAAGGAAUCAGUCAAUGCACAUUAUGAACAAUCCUCUUUGAUUUUAAAUUACUACCAAGUUAUUGUAUAAAUGAUAAAACAGACAUAUUCACUGUAAAUUUAUACAACGUAUUUUUUAUUUAACACUUUCAAUGCAAUUUUAUUUGUUUCCUUAGAUUGCACUAGACUCGGAUGAAAUAAAGAACCAUCCACUCACAACGCCUGAAAUUAAAGAAUGUUUAAAAGAUAUUAAAGUCUUAGGGAAGAAAGAUAUAAAGUAAGUAGUGAUAAAAAAAUACAAUAUUUAUUUGUUGUUUUUUUUUCAGCGCAGUAGUGAAAAAUUUAAUUUGCUUGUUUCUCUCAUGGCAAAUUGGACUGUGUUUAAUUCCAGAUAAUCUUAGGAAAAUGUUAAGAAAUUUUUUGUUAAUGUCAUCCUUGUUUUUUGUUAAGACUUUUAAAAUGUUCAUAUUUAAAGGAAAACAUCCAUAUGCUUUGUUGUUUUUCUUUCAGAUCAAUAUUUUUGUGGAGAAAAAGAUUGUUAAAGGAAUUUGAAAAGAAUAAAAAGCUUGCAGAUAAGAUGUAAGUUUUUAUUUAAAUGCACUUCUACCCUCCUCCAAAUGUUAUAUUGUUGUAUAAAUUCACAACUUCAUAGGAAAUAUACAUUAUUUUUAAAUGUGGUGAUAAAUAUUAAUAAAUUUAAUUUUUAAGCAAAGAGGGGAACCUUAAUGAAGAAGAAACCAAAGAAAAGGAACCAUUGGAAGAAAAUGAGAAUGAACAAGAUGAAGCUGAGAUGGAAGAACUGGAAAAUCUUCUAGAACAGAAAAAUAUUGAAGAGCUUGCAACCAUGAAAAAGUAUGUCAUCAUUUCUCCUCGUAAUGCCACAUUGUAUAUCUAUCUUCAGACAGGUUUUUUCUAAAUCUCUUUGACUUUUGAGAACUAAAUUUGUAAUCUUUUUUAAAAAUUUAAUUUACUGUACUUAAGUCCUUGUUGUGUCUUCAGUUGUCUUUAUGAUAUAGAGUAUGGUUAUAUAUAAACAUACAAGAGUGCAGCACAAAAAUAUUUCUUUAAUGCAAUAUUAUGAUCAAAACUUUCAAUUGAAAAAUGUGUCAUUCAAAACGUCACAAUUGAAAGUGUCAUUCAAAACAUGGCACAAUUGAAAGUGUCAUUCAAAACAUGGCACAAUUGAAAGUGUGUCAUUUAAAAUAUGUCAAAAUUGAAAGUGUGUCAUUCAAGACAUAUCACAGUUGACACAUGUUUCAUUCAAAGCAUGUCACGAUUGAAAGUGUGGAACUCUUCUUAAGGAAGAGAAUAAUGAAUCCUUGUUAUUGAUAUUAUUUUUUCCUUUGAUGUCAUCAGAGCUAAGAAAAAGGUGCGUAAGUUGCAAAUGAAGCAUAAGUUGAGAAUAGACAUGAAGAUGACCAUCCCAGGAGACCAGCCUGUCAUACAAGAUGAUAUCAACAUUUUUGACAUAACCAAAAUAAGGAACAGAAUGGUGAGUGUUGUAUGAUGUUACUUGAGAGCCAAAAAAUUAUUUAUUUUCAUAUGAGAAUAUGAAUUGGUGGUUGCUCUAAUUCAGAUGUACAAAUACUGGAUCAACACAAUUUAUUCAAAAGUAGACCAUAACUAGGUCCAGUAAUGUAUCCAUGAAUAAUGCACAAUUUGACUUGACUGUUCAUUUCUGUAGUUAUGAAAUCACAUCCGUCUAUGCUAGCCAAAACAAGCUAUUCCCAUUAUAAUGUUUGAGAAUAUUUGUCUAGUGGUUCUCAGCGAUGUGUGCAUAGUUUCUCUAUGUACAACAAUAGCAUGAACCACUCUGCAAGUCUGUAAUCUUAAUAUUGUUUAGAAUGUCAGGAAGUAUUGGAAGUAUUAAUUAGUGAUAGAAUUAGUUGGUUGGUGAUGUUGGAUUUGAUGCAAACUUUUUGAGACAAAUAUGCAACUAAAAAAAAAGAUGAUUCUUUUAUAAGUUUUUUUUUGUUGGUUUUAUGUUGGUACAUAUUUGCAAAAUAUUUAAAGAUUUAACGUUACCUUUAAUUACUUUUUUACUUAUAUAUUCAUGUGUUAACGGUAUGUUUGGAAGACUGGUAAAUUAUAAGUAACUCUACUUUCUAAAUUAGGAGCUAUAAUUCAUAUAUUUCCUCCUCACAACUUUGUUUUCUGCCAUUGCAUUUUAUGUACUGUCACUUGAAUCUGUUUCAGCAACUGUCAGAGGUAGAGAAGGGAGAUCUCUCAUACUUGGAUAAAGAUGAUAUAUUUGAAGAUUCUGAUGAUGAGGCUAAAAAUAAGCCAAAGGGGAAGCUGUACUUUGAUAAAGACGACAAGAAGUAUCCCGGGAUAGAGGGGGGUGAGAGUGAGGAGGAAAUCGAAGAGAUGGAGGAAGAACCCCUUUUUGAUGGAAAUGAGUAAGUUUUUUUUUUUAAUUUACAACCCUUGAAUGUAGUUUUUAUAAUGUUUUAUGAAUUUGAAAUGUUUUAUUACAGCUCCUUUUUGCAGAUGUAAAAUUGAAGAAUAAUUUUUUUGAGAUGGAAGGUAUUCAAAGAAGAGAUUUGAGUGUCAGAAUUUCUUGUUUAUAUGUUGUUGUUUUUUGUGGUGUCCAACCUAAUUUUUAGUUGUAUUUUAUUAAAUGGUACAUACAGCUUAUGAUUUUUCUCCUUCAAUUAUUUCUGCUAAAUAGCAAUGCACUAUUUGGGUACCGGUAAUUAAUUAUUUUUUAUGACCUGCACUUUGUUUUUCUAGGAGUGAAGAGGAUGAAGAUGAAAACAGUGAAGAAGAGGAAAGCAAAGAAAAUAACAAUCCUCUAAUCAUUGACAUGGGACAGACCAAGAAGUUAAAACAAGACAAUCAGAGAGCAUGGUUUAAAAAGGUAAACAAAAAAUUUAAGAAAAGUACAUUGUAAUGUUAAAAGUUUAAAUAAUUCUUCACUUCUAUUAACUAAUAAAAGUGAAAAUGGAAAGCAGAAAGAAGAAAAAGCUCAACAUUACUAAAAAUUUAAAAAAAGCUCAACAUUACUAAAAAUUAUUUCAGGAAUCAUUUGCUGGACUUGACAAUGAUGUUGAUGAAGAUUUAGAACUUGACCAACUCAUAACUCCAGCGGAAGGCAAAAAAAUUAAUGCAAGCAAAAAGUCUCCUAAAAAUGAAUCCUUAAUUAAGACUUUAGAGGAGGAUGAUUUUGACCCAGAUAUUGAAAAUGGAGAAAGUGAUAGUGAGGACAAUAGUGGAAGUGAUUAUGAAUUCACUGACAUGCUUUAUACAAGUAAAAAGAAGAAGAAACAAGCGGCUAUAGCAAAGACAAGGCCAACUACAAUAGAUGGUAUAGAGGUUGUACCAGUUGCAGAAACAGACAGCAGUUUACAGCUUGAUGCCGAAGGUUUAGCCAUUGGAACUGCCAUGAUACAGUCAAGAAAAAGAAAGAGAGAGAUUGUCGAUUCUGCUUAUCACAGGUUUGAUUUUUUUUUCCUUUACGUAAAUGAAUGUGUCAACAUUUCAAGGUUAAUCCCCAAGAGUUUUCAGGGUCUGUCACAAUCACUUCACUUAGUUACGCCAUAUGUUAUUUUUCACUUAUAUUUAGGGAUCAUCCAUUUAUUGUGGAUUCUAGGGAUGGUGGGUUGAGGAGAAUUAAAAAUCUUAUUGAAUAUUUUAAACUAAGAGUUAUUGACCUCUAGAUCUACUUUGAAAUGAAAGGAGAAGUAAGAAAGUUGGUCUUUCAAACAACAAAAAGAAAACUUUCCAAUAACUUAAAAUAUUUUCUUCUUAGAAAGAUCAUUCCGAGUUAAAUUUUUACCAGACGUUGUUUAUUUUUUUGUGUGCUAAAAAUCCUUAAUGGACUCUUGGAGGAGGAUAUCCUAAACCGAAAUGAACAGGGUAGAAAAGCAGGGUGGCUUGCAUACAUAUUGUAUUGAUGGCUUUUUAAUUUUGACCUUAAUUAUACUAUUCCACUAAAAGGAUGACUUUGACACUCUUGAAGACUUGUUAGUUGUAAGGUCUUCUAUCUAGUUAUUACAGGCUGUUGGAAUAUUUAUUUAAUGUUCCAUCUGUUAAACUUAGAAGAAAAUCUAUUAUCUUUUUUAUUUAAUUAUUGACCCACAAAUUUAGCCAAAAAUUGAUAGAAAGGAAUGUUGUUUACUUUCUGUCUACAUUAAAUGUGACUUUAUCACCACUAUUUUUUCACUAGGUACAUGUUUGAUGAUUCUGACCUGCCUGAUUGGUUUGUAAUAGAUGAGAGGAAGCAUCUAAAGAGACAACGGCCAGUGUCGAAGGUAAAACUUCACAGAAGCAUAGAUUCGGUUUUCAAAAUUGUAGUCUCACUCAACUCACUGGAUACACUUUUUAAAACUCAUUACCCAUUCCCAAUCAUGCAGAACUGGAUGCUUGUGUUUGGUUACAUUAAAUCUUGGGUGACCAAACUGGCAAGCACGGGCCGGAUAAUCAUUCUGUACAAUACUUGCAUGCCAGAACGAAAGCUGGGGGGGGGGGGGGGGGGGAAAAAAAACUAAGUUUAGUCUUCCAUGUUAAUCAUGAGUUAGUGGCGUGCAAUGCAAAAAAACAAAGACAACCAACAUAUUUAUUUACUAAAAAAGUUAUCAAAGAAGGCGAAGUUAGUAAAAAGAUAGUUACAUCAGACCUAGUGCGCUCAUGUUAUUAUUAUAAUCUCAGCAAAAAAGGUUAGUGAGAUUUGUGAAAGUGACUUUUGGCUUUCACUGUAUCACCAAUGUUUGGUUUGGAAUUGCUGCAUCCAGUCAAAAUAAUUGUUUUUGAUUGUUCAUCAAUCCCUCUCGUUCGAUGUGUUGACUUCGGAUAAUUUAUUUUUGAAAAUGUUUGCUCAUAGUAUAAAUUGUUCCAUGCAUGCUGCAAACAUGCCAGAAAGUCAAAAUUGGCACCACAAAUAAACACGAGAAGUUGUGAGAGAUCAUUAGAUUCAUCCAGUGCCAGAGAAUACAGCAUCAAGUUCCUAGCUUUCUCAAUUAUCUGUAGCACUAUGUUCUCUCCAAAUUCUUCUGUUCUCCGCACAACUGAACUUGCCAAAAGGCUGAUAGCUCCAACCGCGGCGACUAUGAUUUCUAAAGUUUCCAUAUGUUUCCAACACUCCUCUUUUUUUUCACCCAUUUACUACGGUACCCAGUUUGUGGUAGUUAUCAGACUAUAAUGUAUUAGUGGGAAUAUGCUUAAUGAAAAUUGAUUAUUUUUUAUAAUAUUUUUUAAAACAAAAUUUUCCUAAAAUCACAUUAUGUAACUUGGUAGGUUUUUUAAAUGAUGUCAUCAUUUUUCAAUUAAAAAUUCUUAUUUAAAUACAUCUUGUUUUAUGCUGAUCUGAGUUCAAGUUUGAACUAUGUUAAAUUUCACCAGUAACUUUUUUUUCACCAUUGAUAGACUGUACGUCGAUUCAAUAUAACUUAAUAUCAAAAGCAAAUACAUGUCUGCAAAACAAAGUGACCACAGAAUGUAUUUUAAACGUCGGUCAUCUACUUUUAGUAGUUAACUUUUUGGUGAAAGCUUAAUUCAAUCUCACUAGGCACUAGAUGCGAGUAGUUAUUGUAUUCAUUUUACAUACUGUAUGUUUAUUUACUAUUAUUAAGAUACCAUAUUGUAUAAUUUUAAGAUGAUAUUGUACGAUUUAAGAAAUUCGAGGGUAAACAAGUCUGUAAUAAAUAUGAAAAUCUAGUUGCUAUUGCUAUAACUUAAAAUUGAAAAUGGUAAAUCAAGGCGCAUAGCAGCCAGGAGGUCUAUGCACGUGUGAAGAUCUCCUAGUAUUCUAAACAUAAUAUUGAAAUUUAAAUUGUAUCACAACGUCUCGUGUUCCAUACGUUUUAUCGAGCAAAUACCGUCGGCGGGCAGGAUAAACUAGCCUCGCGGGUCGGAUCCAGGUGACCCCUGGAUUAAAUAUUUGUUCAUAUUCUCAUUUCAUGCUUAACAUGUUUAAACAUAAAGAGUAACUAACAGUAUAAUUACCUUUUUUUUUAAAACUCACACACACACCCCAAUUCUAUUAUUAUUAUAAUAUAAAUGAAUAUAAUUUUUUGGAUAACUCAUUUCAAAUUUUGAUUUCUCUAUAAAAUUGUUUUCAGGAAGAAGUUGAGGAAUACAAGUUGAAAAUGAAAGCCAUAGAUGCUCAGCCAAUCAAAAAAGUAGCUGAGGCAAAGGCUAGGAAAAAAAGAAAGGUACUGGACACUGCUCUGUUUAGAUAACGUUUUACUGAACUCAUUGUUUAUUGUAAUUUUUUUUACUCAAAUCAUAAGGAAAAUGUCAGAAAUAUUAAGUUUUGAGCUGGGAAUUCAUAUAUUUAGAAGUUAGCUGUUACUGAUACACAAAGAGAGCAUGCAUUGAUAAUUCUGAAUUGUGUCCCUUCCUUGCAAAAAAAAUUGUUGCAGAUUUUCUGUUUUAAUGUAAAUGAUCUGCUGAACUAACAUAAUAUUUUAAUUUUUAAAUAACCAUCAUCUUUGGAUUAUUAUACUUUUAAGUAGCAGAUUAGUGGAGAUUAAAGAAAUAGCCUUAUAACAGAAUUAUUUGAAAUAAGUUCUCAAAAUAUUAUUUGAACUGCUCAUUGCUCUUAAAUGUUUAGGUUAUAUUUUAGAAUUAGAAUGAUAACCACCUUUUAUCAAGUGGUUUUUGUAUAAUUUUAUUAGAUGCUUAAGCGUCAAGAAAAGGCAAGAAAGAAAGCUAACUCUGUUACUGACAAUAUUGACACAUCCGAAAAAGAGAAAUGGCAGCAAAUUAAACAGUAAGUAAAGAUGGAUUCUUUACAGUUCAAUUGUCUUUUCUUUUUUUUUUGUGGAGCAAUAUAGUGAACUGGUCAUCUGACUUGAACAUUGAAAAUUUUGGAUUUUGUCAUUAUAGUUUCUUAGGGUUACGUUGCAUUGGUUACAAAUGUGCCCAUUAUUUAGGCAAAUUUUAAUAUAAACCUCCAUUCAGUCUUCAACUUUAUUGUAAUUACUUUUCUAUUAAUUUCUAUUCAAAUUGUGCUGAAGUAACCUCAGAGGGGCAUCUGGUUUUAUUGCUAUAGUCAUUUUGAUGCAUGUCCUAUGGUGCAAAUUUGCUUGCUUCUCCUGUGAUUUUAAUGGAAUAUGACCAUUAUUUACCUCUAUAAUCCUGAAAAGUUUAGAGUUGAUUUCGGAGCCUGAGAUAACCUAAACCAUAUGUGGCAGAAAAAGUCAUUGGCUCCUCCAUUUGAGUCAUUUAAAAUCCCUACAAUGUGUUGUGCCUAUCUGUCUAGUAACCAACUUCUCUCUGUGAUCAGUUCUCUAUGUUUUCUUACAUGUGAUCUCGCUUGAAAGCCAUUCCCUUUCCUGCCUUAUCUUUAAAUUCCCAUCAAAUCUCUUUCUUUUUCCCAGCUCUUUGAUUCUAUCUUUGCUAUUGUUGAUUUUUCCCAAUUACGUUUUUGCUUUCUACAAAUUUUGUUACCGGUAGUCAUCCUUUUUGUUUCAUUAUACAAUAGUCACAGAAAAAACACAACUUCUGACCUCUAUAAUUAAGGCUAACGUGUAGUAAUACAUAAAAAAAAUUUUUUUAAAUUUCAUAGUUGAAAUCAAAGUUGGAAAUGUUUUGGUUGUCUUCAUAAUUCCUAUUGUAAAGAGAUUUCUGUUUUUUUUUAAUUUCAUACCGGUAGUUGAAAUCAAUGUUGGAAGUGUUUUGGUUGUCUUCAUCAUUCCUACUGACACUAUUGUAAAGAGAUUUCUGUUGUUGUUUUUUUUUUAAAUAUUAUUGUCAUGGUUAAUGCUACUAUAUCAAAAUUCUUAUUUGAAAUUUGAAGCAAUCUUUGCUCACUGUGUUUUUUGGUGAGUGGUGAAAAAAAUUAAGAGCUCUACACAUCUGAAUGCAUUAUGUAUGAUCUAAUAAUACCAAAGCUAUCUGGCAAAUAAGGAAUGUAAUUCAGGCAGUGACAGAUGCUACUAAAUUUGUAUAAUGAAAAACUGUAUUACUUGUUUACUCUUUGUAUUAUUAUUUAAGAUAGAAUUUAGGUUAUACAGUAAUUGACAAUGUAAAAUAUGUUAUGUGGUAGCUAAUUUGUCAUGUUAUUUUUCAGGAUCUACAAAAAAGCUGGCCUUCUUAAAAAAGCCAAGCCCAGUGUCACAUAUGUAGUUGCCAAGAAAGGUGCUGGCAAAAAAGUUAGACGGCCAGCAGGAGUUAAAGGAAUUUUUAAAGUUGUUGAUGGGCGAAUGAAAAAGGAUUUGAAAGGAAAACAAAGAUCGGAAGCUAAAGGAAAAGGCAAAAAGGGUCACAAAGGUGGAAAAAGAGGAGGAAGGGUUCGAAAGUAAUAAUAAAAAUUGUAAGAGUAAUAAAUAGUGAUUUUGGUAUUCAUUUUUUUGUGAGCAUUGUUUUGUAACUUUACAGGCUAUAGCCUACUUAUUCUUUUCAUCUAUAU